GCAAAGGGCUGUAUUUCAGGAGAAUGAGAAGAGCUUUUUUUUUCUUUAAAUAAAAAAUUAAAAUUUGAGUAACGAGGCUGGCGCUGCGGCUCACUAGGCUAAUCCUCCACCUGCAGCUCCGGCACCCGGGGUUCUAGUCCCGGUCGGGGCACCGGAUUCUGUCCUGGGUGCUCCUCUUCCAGUUCAGCUCUCUGCUGUGGCCCGGGAGUGCAGUGGAGGAUGGCCCAAGUGCUUGGGCCCUGCACCCGCAUGGCAGACAAGGAGAAGCACCUGGCUCCUGGCUUUGGAUCGGCACAGUGCCAGCCGCAGUGCGCCAGCCGUAGCAGCCACUUGGCGGGUGAACCAACGGAAAAAGGAAGACCUUUCUCUCUGUCUCUCUCUCUCACUGUCCACUCUGCCUGUCCAAAAAAAAAAAAAAAAAUUGAGUAACAAGUGAUACCAAAUCUAGAGGUACUGAGUGAAUAAAUUAAACCCAGACAGGAUGGUGAAUUGAGAAAAAGAAAGACCAGAGCCAGCCCACAGGACAGAGCAGGGCCAUUGAGGAGAGAGCAGGAAGCACCUGUUCCACAAAUGACUCGGAGGAUGAGUUGCUCACACAAAGCCGUUCUCAUCUUGGCAGGAGUCAUCAGCCAGUAAGGAGCUAUAAUGGGCAGGAUCACCAGACUGUUGUUAAAUUAGCUAAUGAAGGUCAUAAUGUACCUGCAUUACACAUCAUUAGCAAUGGCCUUCCAGUAACAGAUGGGCAUAUGAGAGAGUAUGGGGGAAGGGAGGCAUGUCCCAGAAGGUCUGACUUAGAGUCAUGGUUUACUAAGUUGUGUGGCCAAUAUACAAUGUCAAUCAUCAUCUCAAUUAAGUCUUUGCAUAAAGGGAGGCUUCUGUGUUCGCUUCCCAGGAAACCUGUGUAGCCAUGCUGCCUGUAGCUUGUUCUUCUCUUGUUGCAAUUCAUCUCAUAAGCAGAAGCUGGUGAUUCUGAGAACUGACGCAAAGUGCCGGGCCUUGGAGACCAGACCAAUCCUUUGUGAACUCGUCUCUUGAUGAAGCCCCAUUCAGCUGCCCGUCUCCCCCAAAGAAUAUUCCUCACAUAAACUUUCCUUAACCAGGUUACACUUAAAUGUCUUUUUCUUCUGGAAUAUUCUCAAAUGUAUAGCAAGCCUGGGAAACUAGUACCUCCCUACACAACCAUUUGAUAGCAAGUUACCCACAUGGUGUGCCUUUUGCCUUGAAUACGUACGAUGUUAUUCUCACAGAAAAUGAUGUUCUUUCACGUGAUCUCAAGACAACAAAACCAAGAAAUCCCAUUGCUGCAUCACUCCCAUCUAAUCCACAUACCCCACUCGGGUUUCCCAGUUCUCACUGAAAUGUUACUAAUGACAAAAGAUCCAGUUCAGAAUCACAGUGCCCUCCCAUUGUGAUGUCUCUUCCGUCUUCUUCAGAUUGGUACAGCUUGUUAGCCUUUAACUCUCAGAACCUUGACCUUUUGAAGAUGACAUGCUUGAUUUUUUUGUAGAAUACCCCACAGUAAAAGAGUUGUCUGGUAUUUCCUCCUGAAUAGAUUCAUGUUAGCCGUUUUGGCAGGACUAUAACAGAUAGGCCCCUGAGUCUUCUCAAUUGAGCCCAUCUCGUGGCAUGCAGCUCCCAUUGCUGGUGAUGCUAAUUUUCAUCAUUUGAUUAAGAUGCUGUCUGCCAGCUUUCUCCACUGAAAAGUUUUUUUUAAUCUUUGUAAUUAGCAAGUGUUUUACAUAAAUGCCCUGAUCCUCAUCAAACUUUCACAAACUAGUUUUAGUAUCCAUGGAUGUUUCUUGGAUGAAUUAAUGAUCAUUAUGAAGAUUCCCCUAUUCCUUCUACAUUUAUUAGUUGACAUUCUAAUUGGAGGAAAAGCUCUUUCUUCUUCCUAUUUACUUAUUUAAAUCAGUAUGAACUUAUGGCUUAUUUUAUUUAGUGGGUUAUAAUUUGUUACAUCAUUAUUGAUUUUGAUCUCAAACUGUCCCAGAUUUGGUCAGUAACAGUGUCUUCAAGCUGAUUCCUAUGUCCUUUUAUCAUGUCUUCAUUAUUUUUAUUUUUAGUACUUCUUUGCUUUCUAGUACAAGAUAUUCUAGGCUCUUAUACUUUCCCUGCCUCGGCUAUGGCAUCAAUCUUUUCUCCAUUUCUUCCUUUUAGGUGAGCAUCAUAUUUAGAAACUAAGAUCUGGAUGCCAUGUGUGCUUAUUACUUUUGGGGUGUCACUGCUACCAGGUCCUCUAAUAGCUAGAGCUAGGGAAUAUAAGUACAUAAAUAUGUAUACACACAAGUUUACAUUUAUUUCUUUUUUAAAAAGAUUUAGCUAUUUAUUAUUUGAAAGGCAGAGUUAACAGAGGGGCAGAGGCAGAGAGAGAGAGAAAGAGAGAGAGAGGUCUUCCGUCUGCUGGUUCAUGCCCCACAUGGCCAAAACAGCCAGAGCUGGGCUGAUCCAAAGCCAGGAGCCAGGAGCUUCUUCUGGGUCUCCCACAUGGGUGCAGGGGCUCAAGCAUUUGGGCCAUCUUCUACUGCUUUCCUAGGACAUAGCAGAGAGCUGGAUUGGAAGUGGAGCAGCCAGGUCUCAAACCGGCACCUGAUGGGAUGCUGGCACGGCAGGUGGCGGCUUUACCCACUCCGCCAUAGCACUGGCCCCACAUUUGUAUUUAUUUCUAUACUUAGCCGUAUGUACUGAGAACCAUGAGUUCACAACUAUACCUCCCAAACCAACUCAACACCACAGGGUUCAUCCUAGCUUUCCCUUCCACGUUUGUAUAGCCCUUCGCCUACAGCAGAAACAAAUCAGGCUACAUUUUAUUGGUAGAUGAAAAUCAGGUGAAGAAGUUCAUGGAUUCUAAACAGAGACAGAAGAAUUAGAAGAACAGGAAAUAAAUAGGAACUUCUCCCUGAUUUUGCUCUGUGAAAAUUUCUCUCAAACCUGUGUCUCUACAAUCUCAUUUAUAAUAAAAGAGUACAGAUGUUGGAAAUGGUAUAAAAUAUGGCUUUGUUUCUAGACAUUUUAGGGGAAAUCUACCAAUGAUAGAAUUAUGUAGAAUUAUGUAUCCUUUUCCUUAAUAGUGGGUAGUUAAAAGUGAAUGAUGUUUAACUUCAAUAGUCAUCAUCUUUUUUGAAAGAUUUAUUUACUUGAAGGAAACAGAGAGAGACAGACAGACAGACACACACACACAGAGCAAUCGUCCAUCUAUUGGUUCACUCCUCAAAUGCCUGCAACCAGGCUACAGCCAGGAGACUAGAACUCCAUCUGGCUUUCCCACAUCGGUGGCAGGGACCAAGAAUUUGGGCCAUCAUCCACUGCUUUCCCAGGUUCAUUAACAGGAGCUAGGUCAGAAGUGGAGCAGCUGGGACCCAAAUUGGCACUCAUAUGGGAUGCUGGCAUCACAUGUGGCGGCUUAACCUGCUGUGCCCCAAUGCCGACCUCAGUAGUUAUCAUCUUCAAUAAGCCUAGAAGCAUGCCCUCUUAAGUAGUUACUUUCUGACUUGUGGCCAGUGAAAACUUCAGAAAUACUCCUGUUCAUCAAGAAUCAAUGUUUCUUUUAAUUAAAGGAGCUUAGGAGAAACAAAAGCCACUUUUCCCAUUGCAGUGUUUGCACUUGUUCUUUGUUGGACAAUACCAGGUUUCCAUUAGCUUUGUGUAAUUCAAGAGUCCAAUAACCAUUGUCAAAUGCUGAAGAUGUUACCGCAUAAGUCUGAUUUAGAACAGCUAUUUGGAUCUCAAUUAUUAAUGAAAUUAGCAUCCUGAAUGUCAGCGAGAGCACUGCCUUAGGUAAAGGCUGUAAAGGAAAUCAUAUUAGGGUGGAACUUCCUCUCCUUAGGGGCUCCUCUUAGAUUACAUUAUUCACUUAGCUGUCUCCCGCCAGGGAGAUGGAACUGUUGGCCAUAGUUGAUCCUGGGACAGAACCAAGUGGGGAAGUUAAGCAGUUUCAUGACGGCAUCAUUUCCAAAACAUUCCUGUAGUGCUGAUACUGCCUUUGGUCUUACUGAGUGUUUACAAAAUAGCCCUAGGAAGGACUUGGCAAAAGAGGAGGGCGGAGUGGAGAGGAACCAGGACAGAAGAACUGAGCAGCACUCAUUCCGGCAGUGAGUUUGCAUUUCUCCCCUGUGGGGACAUUCCUGGGGAUGUGGGCUGCGGAGAUGGCUGCUCUGUGGCCCUGCAUCCUGGUGGCUGCCUCAGGACAUUUGCUGCUGAAUGUCUACCCUUUGGAAUUUUGCUGGGUAAACAUCAAGGUGCUUGUGUAACUAUAAGAGCACUGAGCCAGUCACGGCUGCUCCCUGGAGGCAGUGUGCUGGGACAGGAGGCCUGGAAGAGGAGAAUGUUCUAGCUUCUGCUUUAUAUUCACCAACCCUGUGACCCUGGGCAAGUCAAACGAUCUCUUAAACACUCAGUGUCCCUGUAAGUUAAUUUUAUUUUGAAUAUUCAUGACUAUCGAGUAAGAUAGCAUCGUGAAACUGUAGGGUGUAACUUAAGUUAUUGUUAGCCUUUCUAUUAACACUCACAGAGAGAGAAAAGAAAACUGGCUGUUGCUGCGGAGUAACGCAUACCAUGUAGCACAUCAGUUUUCCUUUUGAGCGGUUGCUCACUGCUGUUUCCAAUAUUCUUGGGGACAGCUGGGUGGGGCUUUGAAUCCAGACCAGCUGUGUUUCAAUUCCAGCCCCUUUACCUGCAAGCUGUUUAACACCGGAUAGGGCUCACUUCACUGAACCUAUCAUCCUUAGCUGCAGUAACAGUGCAUGUCCCAUAAGGCUGUGCAGCACCUAGCUCAUAAGGUUUUUGUGAGCAUUAAAUAGGAUCAUUCAAAUAAAGGGUUAUUACCUGAUGCCUGACAUGCAGUAAAUAUUCAGUUAGUACUAGAGAUAUAAUAGUACCACACAGCUAACACUGUUUCCUGGGAGCCUCUCAUAUAUUGUUAUGACUUUAUCAUCCUCAAGAUACAGAAUAACUAAAGAAGGAACAGCUCUUUUCAUCAAAGUGCCCCAAAUAUUUUAAGAUAGAUAAAUGUGAAAGAGCAAUUCGUUCAAACAGGGAAAACAAAAGAAUAAUUCUAUUGUACUCUUAUCUUCUGCUUUUUUUUUUUUAUCUCUUUUCACCUACAAGUGCUUCAUAGCUCUGUCCCUAACACAUUCCAUUGCCCAGAAAUCUUACAAGUGAAUUAUUUGAAGCUGAUUAUUAGCAUUCAAGGAGGCCGUGUUGGCCAGGAAUCUCUUCUGGGUCUGUUGAUAGCUUCCAUCAGUGUCUGUUGAAACAUCACUGAACUGUGAGUCAUUUAGUGCUUGUGUGAAUGUCACAUUAGCUUUCAAGGGGCAUAAUUUACUGUUAAUUAAUGGUCACUUAAAUCCUUAAUCUCUCUCCUAUAAUUGAUCUCUCUCCUCAGGCCAAUUUGUAUUCAUAGUAGAAAUGUAAUUUAUUAUUUCUUCCCAUCUUAAACAAAGAGCUCUCUUUCCCCUUUUUGUUUAUUUAAGCACACUUGCAGUUGCUUAUUAUUUUUCUCUUUUCAUUGCUCGUUUCUCUUUGGUCCCUAGUCCCAGCUUCCAGAACUUUCUCUGUCUUUUUAACCUGAAGACUUUGGAACUUUCUAGAAAACAUGUUUUUAUCCACAGGGCACUUAGGGACUGUUUCCUAGAAAAUAUUGCAGGGGAAUUUGUCUUUCUGACAGAGGGUGUAGGGAUACACACUCCUGUGUGAGACUUAUGUAUCCUCUGUCUCAGGCACUUUCCUGUACUGAAACACACACAUUUCAGCAUUUUCCCAACUGAGACUUGACUUGGGGGCUUCCGAGCAAGUUGAAAGUGAAGCUCCCCACAGCGAAGUUUGCAGAAAGAGCACUGAGCCAGCUAUGCUUUGUGCUUCUGGCUUCCCGUCCCUGGGGUAUGCCAGUGAGUCCUCAGGUAGAGAUUUGCAGCACACUUUUUGACGAUGAUUCUUCACAAAAACCCUAAAAAUUAUGCCCAAUGCAAGCCAUCUAUCUUAGUCCUAAACACUUGAAUAGCAGACACCGUGGUAGGCAUCUCCUUGGGUGAGUAUUUAGGGAGUUAAAAUCCUCUUGAGGUGCCCAGUUCCAAUGGUAAUGAAAGCGCAUAUUCCACUGCUCACGGUGAUCUGGAAUUGCAUGUCCAGCGUUGUUGUUAGCAUUUUGGUCACACUGACAUUGAUAAAUCAUAGAAAUUGCUGCCUGUGGCAGCCAGUGACACGACAUCAUUCAUAAAGAAAUGGGCAUAAACAGGAUUGUCACGCAGGGAGACGCGAUCUCAUUUACAGUUUCCUUCUGGAUCCCUCACACUUUCAGCAGCUCAUCAAAAAACCCAUCAAAGUCACUGAGAGCCCAGGCGAUUUCACACACAGGACACUGCAGAGAGAUUUCGCUCACGCACCAUGUCAGGAGGUGUGGAAUUUGCUUCAGUCCAAUGACUUAGUGCAGCUUUGAAUCCCCUAAGGGAUGGCGAAGCGUGUGAACAAAAUAUCUUUCUGCAAUUCGGAGAAAGCCCUCACAAAUUUGUCACUUCCAAUUGUGGGUGCUCAUUUCUCUUGCUUCCUUUCCCUGGCCUCACGUCCCUCAGCGCCAAUCACUGUUCCCCUCUAAAUCAAGAUUCUUGGGUCAGAGGAAAUGGUUGUUCCUUAGAACCAGAGUGAAUUGGCCCAAAACCAAGAUCUCAUUUUCUGACAAGUACGUUUUAUUUAAAGACGGAAGGAGUGAGAAAAGAGAUUUUCGAGGAGAGAAGUAUGAAUUGGAAUUCAUUAAUACCAUUAUAUAGGUAUCUUUACUGUUCUUUGGGUUCACAGGUUUCUGUUUCUGUUUGGAUAGUCUAUUUAAUUGUUGAAUUACAAAUGGAAAAUCAGAAGUAAAAAACCAAGGUGAGGGUUUAGUUCUGGCUAAAUGUACAGGUGAGUUUCUUUUCUAUACCAGGAGGGGGUGAUACAGGAAUAAAGAAAGGAUUUUGUGUCCAAGAUGCAUUCGUGCUAUCAAAUGGAAUUGUGGGUGCCAUUUGCAUCCUUGGGCUUGAUUUAUCUUUAUAAUGAGGUUUCUUUAUUGGGCACUUAGGCCAUCAGCUUACUGUAAGUAAGUGUCUGGCAGGGGCAGGUGUUGUGGCAUAGCAGGUUAAGCUGCCACCUGGAUUGCAUGCAUUCCGUAUCAGAGGGCUGGCUCAGCUCCCUGCUACUCUUUAUUUCCAAUCUAGCUUCUUGCUAAUGUGCCCGGAAGUCAACAGACGAUGGUCCAAGUACUUGGAUUCCUGCCACCCAUGUGGGAGACCUGGAUGGAGUUCUGAGCUCCUGGCUUUGGCCUGGUCCAACUCCAGCUACUGUGGGCAUUUGGCGAGAAUUCUUGCCAUAGACACUCCUCAUCCCAGGAAUUCUACUCUGUAUCAUCUCACCAAGCAGCUCUUAGAGAAAUAUCACAAGGAAGUGAGGCCAGUUCAUGACUGGACCAAGGCCACCACCAUCUAUCUGGACCUGUUUGUCCAUGCCAUAUUGGAUGUGGAUGCACAGAACCAAAAAUUAAAGACAAGUGUGUGGUAUCGUGAGGUUUGGGAUGAUGAGUUUUUAUCCUGGAACUCCAGCAUGUUUGAUGAGAUUAGCGAGAUCUCCCUCCCUCGAAGUGCUAUCUGGGCCCCUGAUAUCAUCAUUAAUGAGUUUGUGGAUGUUGAACGAUCUCCUGACCUUCCCUAUGUUUACGUGAACUCAUCUGGGACCAUUAAGAACUCCAAGCCCAUCCAAGUGGUCUCUGCAUGCAGUCUAGAGACGUAUGCCUUUCCAUUUGAUGUCCAGAACUGCAGCCUGACCUUCAAUAGCAUCCUGCACACAGUGCAAGAUGUAGACCUGGCCUUCCUGAGGAGCAGAGAAGACAUCAAGCACAACAAAAAUGCAUUUUUGAAUGACAGCGAGUGGGAACUUCUUUCUGUGUCCUCAAUGUACGGCAUCCUGCAGAGCGGUACUGGAGAUUUUGCACAGAUUCAGUUCAAUGUGGUGAUUCGCAGGCGCCCGUUAGUCUAUGUCGUGAGCCUGCUGAUUCCCAGCAUCUUCCUGAUGCUUGUCGACCUGGGGAGCUUCUACCUGCCACCCAACUGCCGCACGAGGAUUGUGUUCAAGACCAGCGUGCUGGUGGGCUAUACCGUCUUCAGGGUCAACAUGUCGAACGAGGUGCCGCGGAGCACAGGGAGCACCCCACUGAUUGGGGCCUUCUUCAUAGUUUGCAUGGCCUUCUUGGUUCUCAGCUUAUCUAAGUCCAUCCUGUUGGUCAAAUUCCUCCACGAUGAGCGGCACAGUGGGCAAGAACGGUCCCUCCUGUGCCUUCGAGGGGAUACUGAUGCUGACGGACCUGGAAUGGAUCCCAGGGCCCCGCACGCUGGGGUAACAGGGUCUUCCACCUGGCGAGACCAGCAGACCCAGUCAGGGGCCCUGAAUGAAGUCUGGCUCCAGCUUCAGUCCAUCAACAGCUACCUCCGAACUCAGGACCAGGUGGAGCAACAGGAGGUUGAGUGGCUGGCUCUCCUGUACCGCUUCGACCGACUGCUCUUCCGAGGCUACCUCGCCGUGCUGAUGCUCUACGCCAUCACCCUGAGCUCCCUUUGGGCGCUGUGGAGUGGCUUCUGAAGACUGAAACUUGCUGGUCUCCUCCUUGUGCUCACGGCUCUUAGGGGAGGCUGGAGGUGUUCUUGUGGGAAGAUGGAAGGCGAAGGAAUGGUGGAAUUAGAAGUCCUCCCCCACUGCUUUUCACUAAGUCCAAGUAUAUCACCCAGUGGACUACUGAAUGACCCAGAGGCAAUGCAUUUAUGAUGAAACUGUCUGAACAGUACAAAGUACACAGGAAAAAGUCAGCCCUCCUUCUUAUCCCAGUGCACGCUCUGAAAGUAGCCACCAUUAGCAACUACUUUCAGGAAGCUUCUAGGCACAUACAUGCAUAAAUGUACAUGUAGACAGCUUUAAAAAAAAAAGAAAGAAAGAAAUUGUAGUGGCUGGCAUUAUGGCACAGUGAGUUAAAUGCCCACUUGUGGUAACAGCACCCCAUAUGGGCACCGGUUCAAGUCCUGGCUGCUCCAUUUCCAAUUCAUUUGCCAAUGUGCCUGGGAUAUCAGUGGAAGAUAGCCCAGGUACUUGGAGUUCCAGCUUCCUGGCUUCAGCCUGACCUAGCCCUGGCUCUUGUGGCCAUUUGGGGAGUGAAUCAGUGGAUGGAAGAUCUCUCUGUGUCUCCUACCCUCUCUCUGUAUGUCUCUCUCUGUCUGUAACUUUGCCUUUCAAAUAAACAAAUAUUUUAAAAACAUGUAAGCUCACUGCAUCUUCCAUCCUGCCUUGGUCAUCUAUUCAACAAAAUUUUAUUGAGUGAUGACUAAGUCCUAGGCAUUGCUAAAUCAGUCACACAUCAGUCUUCACUGGAUUUGAUCCCCACAGUCAACCUUGUAUGAACUAGAGCACAAAAUCCCUGCCAUUCCACAUCCUUCUGAAGCUCUUGUUCCCAUUAACCCAGCCUCCGUCUCCCUCCUGUGCAUCCUUGCUGGAGCAAAUCCAGGUGCCAAGGCUUCCAAGAUGAGUCUAGCACAUCAUUCAAUGAGCACACGCCCUGAGUAAGGCAUUGAUGAGGGACACACACAAGCCAUGGUCCUUGAGUUCAAGGAAUUUAUAAUCCACUGUCCCUGCACUAGCCAUCUAGGGUUGCCAUCAUAAAAUACUAGAUUAAGUGGCCUAAACAAACUUUUUUCCCACCACUCUAGAGGCUGGAAGUUCAAAGUCAAAGUGCUGGCAGGAUUUGUUUCUCCUGAGACAUCUCUCCUUGGCUUGCCUGCCAUUGACUUCCUGCUGAGGCUUCUCAUGGUCUUUCCUCUAUGCAUGCACCUGUUGGCCCAAGGUCCUCUUAUUUUUUAAAAAGAUUUAUUUAUUUUACUUGAAAGAGUGACACAGAGAGAGGAGAGGCAGAGAGACAGAGAGAGAGGUCUUCCAUCCACUGGAUCACUCCCCCAGUUGGCUGCAACAGCCAGAGCUGCACUGAUCCGAAGCCAGGAGCCAGGAGCUUCCUCUGGGUCUCCACGCGGGUGCAGGGGUCCAAAGACUUGGGCCAUCUUCCACUGAUUUCCCAGGCCAUAGCAGUGAGCUGGAUCAGAAGUGGAGCAGCCGGGGCUGGUGCUGCAGCUCAGUAGGCUAAUCCUCCGCCUGUGGCGCCGGUACUCCGGGUUCUAGUCCUGGUUGGGGCGCCAGUUCUGUCCCAGUUGCUCCUCUUCCAGUCCAGCUCUCUGCUGUGGCCUGGGAAAGCAGUGGAGGAUGGCCCAAGUGCUUGAACCCUGCACCCGCAUGGGAGACCAAGAGGAAGCACCUGGCUCUUAGCUUUGGAUCGGCGCUGUGCGCUGACCGUUGUGGCCAUUUGGGGGGUGAACCAACAGAAGGAAGACCUUUCUCUAUGUCUCUAUGUCUCUCUCUCUCACUGUCUAACUCUGCCUGUAAAAAAAUAAAUGAAAAAAGAAGUGGAGCAGCCAGGACACGAACCUGCGCCCAUAUUGGAUGCCAGCACUGGGGGCAGUGGCCUUAUCUGCUAUGCCACAGUGCCGACCCCAUGUCCUCUUAUAGGAUUAGGGACUAUCCUAAAGACUCUAUUUAACCUUCACUACUUCUUUCACGGCCCUAUCUCCAAAUGGUCAUAUCUGGGGUGGUAAGAGCUGGGACACAGUCAACAUAGGAAUUUUUUUCAGGACGCAAAUCAGCUCAUCACUAACAUUCACAUGUGACUGUGGAGGUUUGGAACUUCCAAAAUCUACAGGUUGCAUCAGCAGGUUGAAGCCCCGGAAGAGCUGCAGAUGGAGCUCAAAGGUGAUCUGCUGGCAGAACCCACUCUUCUUCCAGGGAGCUCAGUCUUUUUUAUCGAGGCUUCAACCCAUUGGGUAAGGCCCGCCAGCAUUAUAGAAGUUAAUCUAUUCUACUCAAGGUCUACUGGUUUAAAUUUUACUUUCAUCUACAAUGCCAUUACAGAAACAUUUAGAAUAAUUUUGACUCAAUAUUUCAAUACGGGGACCCAGCCAAGUUGACACAUAAAAUUAACCCCACAGUUCCAGUGAUCCCUCACUCCCACCUGUGCAUACAGUCACUGGUUCAGAACCAAAGAGCCCUAGUCACGUUGGCACUUGAAUUGUAAGAUUAGAAUUCAAUCUUCUCCCCCAAAAUACCCUCCCCUAAUACUUGCCUUUCUUUGCUUUUCAUUGUGUCCUCUGCAGUCUUCAGGAUAGCCAAGCUACUGUCCUCAGUAGAUCUAAGCUUCUACUUCUGUUCCACGCAUUCCUCCUUUGCUUCCCCAAUCUGUGUGUCAACUCCGUUUCAGAAUGCUGUCCCAAACAGCUUUGUCCCCGCUCUGCCUUUUUCAUCAGAUCCCCCAUGGUUCUCUUCCUCUGUAUCUUUACACUACCUUAUAUUGUUCUCCUUUUGAAUAUUUUGAGCCUCUUUUGUGUGUGUGUGUGUGUGUGUGUGUGUGAUUUGCCAAACAGACCACACACUCCUAGAACCAUUAGCCGGUUUUUCUGUUUUACCCCCUGUCUAUGCCCAGGUCCAUACUGACUUGCUUAUGUUGAUUCCAAUAACUACUGCAGAGUACCACAUGCAAGCUCACUGCUGAUGGUGGACACAUAUGUGAUGCGCUUUCCCAAGUCUGAGAGACAAAAAUCUAUGCCCAGUCCCUGGGCAACCCCAAGCCCCCAUCCAGGGCAGUCAUUGGGAAGUUGGUGGCAGAACUCAGUGGGCUACACGGUCGUCAUCAGCGUCUGUUGUCGACAGAAGACACAAGAGUCCAAAGCUGUUUGCUAGAAACUUUUUCCAGCACUAAAAUUGCUUUUGAAAAAAAAAAAUCUGCCCCCUCUCUCCCCCCGAAGAAAAAGAAUUUAAAUUCAAACAGCCUUUACCUGCAUCCUCCCUCUCUCAUUACCUCCCAGUUAGUGCUCAACGCCAAUUGUCCAUGAAAUUCCACCGCUGCUGUUAAUGAAAUGAGGAGCAUAAGAAGUUUGCCAACAGGAAGUGUCCAUACAAACCUCACCUGUUUCCUUCCUCACUUCCUACUUCCUACCACAGGCCUCCUCCGCCUUGACACAUUCUGCUGGCCUCUAUUAAUUCUGGCUUUCUCCACUUGCUCUCCCAGUUCAUAGAGGAGGAAAAAGCCUGCAGUGGGGUCCCCCCACUUUUCAACUCUGUCCUGGAGAAAGCACCAGAUUGAAACUCAGAAGUUCUGGUUUGGGUCCUGGCUCCAUCCCUAUCUAGCCAGGGAGCAUUGAGCUGAACCUGACUUCCACUUAACUUAUUUGAAAUUGGAGCUGUUUAUGCUUACUCUGUCCACAUCACAGAGGUGUAAGCAUAGAAAUGAAACAAUAUAUCGGGCUGGCGCUGUGGCAUAGUGGGUAAAGCCACCACCUGCAGUGCUGGCAUCCAGUUUGAGUCCUGGCUGCUCCACUUCUGAUCCAGCUCUCUGCUAUGGCCUGGGAAAGCAGUAGAAGAUGGCCCAAGUCCUUGGGCCCCUGCACCCAUGUGAGAGACCCAGAAGAAGCUCCUGGCUCCUGGCUUCGGAUUAGUCCAGCUACGGCCAUUGAGGCCAACUGGGGAGUGAACCAGCAGAUAGAAGACCUCUCUCUCUCUCUCUCUCUCUCUCUCUGUGUGUGUGUAACUUUGACUUUCAAAUAAAUAAAUAAAUCUUUAAAAAAUAUAUAUCAGAUCAGCACUUUGAAAAGUAAAUAAACUAUCACAAAAUAAAGACCCAUCUGCUAUCAACAGAUGGGACCCAGUCUCAAGUCCCUGGUGUGGGGUCAGAUUUCCAGUUUCCUCUACCAAAAUCAAGUCCUGGGCUCAGGCUCUCCCCAGUAGCAACUUCACUAUAGGAUCC